AGGUGGUCCCAAAGGAACUUGGAUUGAUUGGUGCUGGGUCUAUCCAGGGCUGAGAAGCAGAUAAGGAAACUCCCAUAUUCAGAAUUACGAAUUUCACCAGUGGAAUUCAAAAGGAGAUUUAAAGGUGUUGGUUAUAGCAGUCGUCCCUGGAAGGCACGUCGUGCUGGUGGUGGUUUCCUAGAUCUCAGAAACUUUGGGGAGCAGGAGAUGGCCAACCCUUUGAAACAAGUUUUUAACAAGGAUCGGACCUUCCGGCCUAAACGGAAAUUUGAACCCGGGACACAGCGAUUUGAGCUUCACAAAAAGGCCCAGGCAUCCCUUAAUGCCGGGCUGGAUUUAAAGCUGGCUGUGCAGCUCCCACAUGAUGAGGAACUGAACGAUUGGGUGGCUGUUCACGUGGUGGACUUUUUCAACCGCAUCAACCUCAUUUAUGGGACAAUAAGUGAUUAUUGCACAGAAAAGUCCUGCCCGGUCAUGUCCGGUGGCCCAAAGUAUGAGUAUCGGUGGCAGGAUGAGAAAUACCGCAAGCCCACUGCCCUUUCUGCGCCUAAAUACAUGAACUUUCUCAUGGAUUGGAUUGAAGUACAGAUCAACAACGAGGAUCUCUUCCCUACAAAUGUUGGUACUCCAUUUCCUAAGAACUUCCUCCAAGUUGUGAAAAAGAUCCUCUCCCGUCUCUUCCGCGUCUUUGUCCAUGUCUACAUCCACCACUUUGAUCGUAUCGCCCAAAUGGGCUCGGAAGCCCAUGUGAAUACCUGCUACAAGCACUUCUACUAUUUUGUAAAAGAAUUCAAUCUCAUAGACAACAAAGAAUUGGAGCCUCUGAAGGACAUGACUUCGCGGAUGUGUCACUGACGUCUUGGGAAUUUGUCUGCCGUCUUUCAAGCCGAUGCCGUCAGAAAACCUGGCUCUGGAUUGAAGACCAUCCCUGCCCACCAGACAAGAUCUUAUGAUCUAGAGGGACUUUCAUUUUUAUACACCUCUGUUUUUUGUUUUUUUAAAGAAGAGCUUUUCCAAGCUCUUGUAAUGAAAUGUUUUGUAAAAUCACUCUGAUUGCUGGAUGAUUGAAGUAUGUACGUUCAUUUAAGAAAGAAAAGAACCACCGUUAAAUGUAAGGCAUCCUUUAGAUCUCCAUGUCUUUCUUCUUGUG